AUGAAUGCAUCUGCUCGUGUAGCGGGGAGCGCUGCCAUCUUUCUUCGACCACUGCGCUUUAUGUUUGAUGUCGAGACAGACGUAGAAAUCGUCAUAGAAGAGGAAUCGACAAUGAAUUUGCCGUUCGAUGCCGUGCAUGUGCAUCUGCGAGCAGCCAUUCGACCUCCGCUAAUGGAGCGCGACGAACUGCUUAAUGGAUUCCUGCGAGCGGAGACCCUCAUUCACACUACAUGUCCGUCAAAUGGCUCAAGAAGCGUCGACAAAUACAACGUGGAUAUGGAGGACUCUAAAGGUGAAUGCCUUGCAGAUGAAUCCGACGAAGGAGAGAGAACCCUGAGUUCCUUGCGAGGUACAUAUAUUUGGCUACUGAUUCGAAUCCAGCCUUUAGACAGAAACACACCGAAGUUCAUUUUGAACAACACCGAGACACUUCGAGUACAGUACCAGAUUUCUACUUCAAGCGAGAGUUUCUGCCUCCCUGUUGAUCAUACUAACGUUGUCAAACUUUUAGUAACAGAUGAACUAAUCGACCAAGUGGAUACAAAAAUGCUGCAGUUUACUUUCCUUUCAGUGUCCCUAAGUGCACCUGAGUCACCCCCAACAAAAAACGCUGAAGCAAAGGUUAUUGCUCCAACGACUACAAGUAUUAACUAUAGUGAUGCGGCGCUAGCUGCCAGUGAAGCUGCAGUAGCUGAGGAAAUUCAUCGGAGGCAACGGGUUGAAGCCGAACUGGAUGAAGCGAAAUCCGCAGCUCAAGCAAAAGAUCGAGAACGUCUGGACGCUCAACUCCAAGCAAAGCAGGAUGCACAGCGAGCUCAAGAACUUGAAUUGGCGCGAAACGAACAGGUGUACGCACGAUCGUUGUUGGAGCAGCAGUUAGCGAUCCGAGAACAGCAAAACCAGGAGCUGAUACAAGCCCGCAAACAGUUGGAGGACCAGCUCCAAGCUACGAACGAGAGUGCCCAGCGUUUUCAGAUCAAUAUCAACUCCACUGACCAAGCUCUCGAGAUGCUGAAACAGCGCGCUAUCAGCGAUGCCAAAGAGCGCGAAGAGCUUCAGAGACGACUACGCUCUCUCGAAGAGGAGAAGCUAGCCUUGCAGAAUAAAAGUCGUGCGUGCACGAUUCAGUAAUCCUGGUUUGUUGAGACCAUCUUCUAUAUUGCAAGGGUUCUCGUGCCGUGGGAGCAAGCCCCGAGUUUUUUUUUCUACGAAGUUCUUAUUUAUUUUUCUUAUUUGGACAAAUCUGAAAAGUAGCGUCCGUUGUGUU